AUGCCACCGAACCUUCCAUGUACGUACAUACACAGCACUCUCUCGCACAUCUCAAUCCAGGCGUCGGCGCACGACGACCUGAGGAGAGCGCAUCCAACGGAGCUCUGCAAGACAGUACCCUCACCGACCGUGGUGGUCCUGUAUCUGAGAGUCAGCAUGUCUCCUUCGUCGACGAUCUUUAUUGCUUCCCUGGCUCUCCUCACCAAGCACGCGGAAGCCGCCGGAUGCGAUGGACAGACGUCGCCCAAAAUUAGCUACGACGAUGGUGCCUUACACGUGCAAGGCGGCUGUGCAACGAUACACGAUCUUAUCGAGUACCGGACGAACGACGGGAAACAGAUUGGACCAAUCUUUCACUUUGACGAGGAAAAAAAGUGGUACACCGACACCUACACGGGCACCUACUACCUGGAGUCGGACGUGUUCAUCACGAACGGAGCUACCCUCAGCAUCGACGGCUCAGAAAGCGAAAAAAAUGAGUGCGAGUCACUCCUCUUGGCAAGCAACAGCAGCACCUUCAACAGAAUCACGGCUCACGGCGGGAACCUGGACAUUCGGUACACUAAAAUCUUUUCGUGGGACCUCGAAAAUGAAGACUACGACACGGAACCCAGCGAUGGUCGAAGCUACUUGAGCGCUGUCACGGAGAAGAUAACCGGGCGAACGAAGGACACCUGUCCUGACGACUCGAGCAGCUCCAACGGCCAAGCCAAGAAGGACAUGGGAAACGCCAACAUGGACAUCCACCGAUCAGAAAUUGGAUACCUGGGUUACGACGGAUCUGAGGCCUACGGCAUCUCGUACAAGGCACGCGGGUUGUGCAAAGACCAUUCCAACCUCGACAUCUUCGACGACGACAACGGGCUCAACGUCGGUGUUACCGGAGACAUUUACCGCUCCGACCUGCACCACAACUGGUUCGGGCACUACUCCUGGGGACACGACGGUGGAAAGUGGCAGUACAACACCGUCCACGACAACUACGGCUAUGGGUUCGACCCGCACGACGACUCCGACAAGCUCAGGAUCAUCGGGAACGAGGUCUACAACAACGGGUGGCAUGGGAUCAACGGCGUCCGCUGGAGCAAUGGUGCCAACGGCAACAGGGUCUGGAUGAACGACAUCGUGGUUGAGGCGGACCAGGGGGCCGACUUCGCGCUAUACAUGUUCAAGGGAACCGAUCCUCAGGAGGCAGAAGGCAACGAAGACGGCCGCAUCAGAGACAACAGCGUAUACAAGAACGAGAUCUGGUCCGAUCAAGACUUGGUUUGGAAGGCCACGGAGGCAGAGGACAACGUAUUUUGGGUACGUUCGUUCUUGUUCAUGGGUUUCCGCAAAAAGUAA